AUGGGUCUGAUCACUGAUAUCCUGCUCUCCCUGGAUGACCACUAUCUCUACUUCAGUAACUGGCUGCACGGUGACAUCAGGCAAUAUGACAUCAAGGACACCAGUCAUCCUAAACUGGUGGGACAGAUCUUUCUGGGGGGCAGCGUUCUGAGCGGAGGUCCGGUGACUGUGCUGGAUGACAAAGAGCUGAAAUGUCAGCCUGAUCCAGUGACGGUAAAGGGCCGAAGGGUCCCUGGGGGUCCUCAGAUGAUCCAGCUCAGCCUGGACGGGAGGAGACUCUAUGUGACCACGUCUCUGUACAGCGCCUGGGACAAGCAGUUCUACCCUGACAUGAUACGGGACGGCUCCGUCAUGCUGCAGAUUGAUGUGGACACAGACAAGGGAGGCCUCCAGCUGAACCCCGACUUCAUGGUGGAUUUUGGGAAGGAGCCGGAUGGUCCGGCCUUGGCUCAUGAGUGUCGCUAUCCAGGAGGUGAUUGCAGCUCCGACAUCUGGAUAUAGGGGGCGCCCCCUCCCCCACUGCUCUGUAUAAUUCCAAACCUCUAAUGUGAUUGUACUACUACUCCCAACAUGCUCCCUGCUGGUCUCAUCAGACGCUCGUCCUCACAGGUUUUGAGCUUUUACUUCUAUUGAUUUUUGCUUAUUGGGAUUUCAGAAUAAAUUGUCCCAUAACUGACCUGAAUCCGGGCGGUAAAGAUGGCGGCUGUGACGUGUCGGCUCCAGGACUGCAGGUUCACUGGGUCCUAGAGCCGAACGCCCAGAAAGUGCCUUCUACUCUCUGGUGUCAGUGAAUGGAGCCGGAUACUUAUACUGCGGUUUUGCUUUUUCCAACCUUUCACCUCCAUUAAAUGUUGUUUUUC